ACCUCUGUUCAGUCGCAAAAGCUGUUCAGGAGACUCAAUAAUGUUUCUGCUAUAAUCGAUAUAAGUUAAUUCAGAAGUUUUUUGUUAUUUAUUAAAAUUUAAUAAUGUUGGAAGAAGAUUUGAAAGUCCCCGAGGAGCUUUUUAAGGAUGUGAAGUUUUAUGUCGUCGGGGAUAUUGACCAAAAGGUGGUGCAGCUGCUAAAGUCAGGGAAAGGAAAGGAGGUGUCUUACAUCGCCCUCGCCACGCACAUCAUCACGGAGGAUGGAGACAACGCGGAGGUCAGCGAGGCACGCGAGGUCUUCUUCUUACCUGUAGUCAAGCCCACCUGGGUGAUCCUAUCGGUAAGAUGUGGAGAUCUGCUGCCCGUUACAGGUUUUUCUCCCGAGUCGGGCCAGUUGUUCUUUGGCGUCCGAGCAUGUUUACCACACCUGAAGGAGGAUCUCAGCACCCUGUGGGCCUUUAUUACAUUUUAUGGUGGGGACUGUCAGCUGAAUUUCAACAAGAAGUGCACGCAUCUGGUGGUUCCUGAACCCAAGGGGGCGAAGUACGAAUGCGCACUGAGGCACAGUGGGAUUAAAAUCGUCACGCCGGAAUGGAUCAAAGACUCGGUUAAAGACAAGAACAGGAAGGACGAGGCUCUUUACCACCCGAGGCUCACCUACUACGAGGAAGAAGAAGAAGAAGAAGAGGAGGAUGAAGUCAACGAGGAUGAAAACGAACGUAGUUCGCGUUCAGAGGGUAGCAAAUGCUCCAGCCGGACCUCGUCGCGAGGCGCGUCACCGUCCAGGCGUCCGCGCUCCCCCUCGCCCAAGGCCGAGGUAAUGUUCGACGACUCGGACGAAUCGGACAAAGAGGAGCUCAACCUAAAUUGGACGCUGUCGAAGCACCGCCUCCCGCCAAGCAAAGACACGGCGCUCAUCAACCUGUGUGAUAGCGUUCCUCCUGUUCCGGGUAACGCCCAGGGGGCGGAGCGUCCUGAGAUGAUGAGUGGGUGGAAUUCUGGGCCACGCCCAUUGCGAAACAUCAACAAGGGUGCAGAGCAGCAGCUCCCACGGCAGACCAACGUCGCACAUAUUCUCCAGAGUCUGACGGCUAAAAGUGUGGAACCGCAGGCGAACCAGAACCAACCUGCUGUCCCAAAUCAGCUUCUCUUCAACGCCGUGAAACCUCAACACACAGCACCACAGCUCACUCCUGAAGUGCAGCAGCAGUUACUCCAGCAACACCAGCAGCAGCAGCAGCAGCAGCAACAACAACAACAACAACAACAACAACAACAGCAGCAGCAACAACAACAACAACAACAAGCACAUCCGAUCCCUCCACCACAACAACAACCACCACUACCGCAGCAGCAGCAGCAUCAGCAACAACAUCCGCCACAGAUGCUUCAGCAGCAAACCAUGAUGCACCUGCAGCCACCGGGAAUGCAAAUGCAUCAUCCGCAGCAGCCGCAGCAUCAUCCGCAGCAGCAGCCGCAGCAGCCGCCAGGGUUUCAUCAGGUGCCACAACAGCAGCAUCAGUUCCUUCCACAGCAGAUGCACCAGCAGAUGUACCCGCAGCAGCAUCAGCAACAGCAGCAUGGCUUCCUGCAGCAGCAACUGCGACCACCACCACCGCAGCAGCAACAGCAGCAACAGCAGCAGCUCCUCCGACCACCCUUGCAUCAACAGCAACUGCAGCAGCAACAUGUAUUACAGUUACAGCAAAUACAGCAGCACAGGCUUCAGCUGCAACUGCAACAACAACAACAACAACAACAACAACAGCAACAACAACAGCAAAAUCAGCAGCAGAUGCACCAGCAACAUUUGCAGCAGCAGCAACAACAGCAGCAGCAGCAUUUCCUGCAACAGCAGCAACAGCACAUCCUACAGCAGCAGCAACACCUGCAGCAGCAGCAACAAAUGCAGAACACGCAGGCCAUGCAGCAUCAGGUGCAGACGCCUCUGCAGCUCGUGCAGCCGCAUCAACUGCUGGGCCAUGAACCCGGGCAGGAGAUUCCUGAAGACGGCUUUCUGGUGGGCUGCGUCUUCGCCAUCGCUGAUUAUCCGGAGCAGAUGCCUGACAAGCAGCUCCUGGCCAGGUGGAAGAGGGUCAUUCAGGCGUACGGAGGCUCCGUGGACGUUGCUCUGAAUCGCUGCACUCACUUACUGUGUGAAAGUCAAGUGAGCAGCAUGUACCUACAGGCUUUGAGGGAGGGCAAGCGCUGCGUUACGGCUCACUGGCUCAACACGGUGCUGAAGAAGAAGAGGAUGGUUCCUCCGCACCGCACGCUCCAUCUGCCCUUCAGUUUCCCUCCAGGAGCCAAACCCUGCUCGCAGCAUAUUAUUUCAGUCACUGGGUUCGUGGACAGCGAUCGAGAGGACCUGAAGCUCAUGGCCUACUUAGGUGGAGCUCGUUACACGGGUUACCUGUGUCGCAGCAACACUGUUCUCAUCUGCAAAGAGCCAAGUGGGCUAAAGUACGAGAAGGCGAAGGAGUGGAGAAUCCCGUGUGUAAACGCUCAGUGGCUGUGUGACAUCCUGCUGGGGCAUUUCGAGGCGUUACGGCAGAUCCAGCACAGCCGAUACACUCAGUUCAAUUUAGCCGAACCUCUCGCUCCUAACACGCAUCUCGUCCAGAACCUGCUGGCUGCUUGGAGAAAUCCUGUUAAAGUCUCACCGGACGCGCUGGUGAGUCUCCGUCUGCAGCAGAAGCAGAAACAGGCCGAGGGAUCGUCACAGCCACCCGCCAAGAAACCCAAAAUAGAGGAGCUGCCUACUCCAUCUAAAAAGCUUCCUCCAGAGUCGACCCCGUAUGUUCUCUUCACUGGUUUCGAACCCGUGCAGACUCAGCAGUAUAUAAAGAGAUUGUACGAGCUCGGCGGUGAAGUGGCGGAGAACGCGCAGAAGUGCACUCAUCUGGUGGCCAGCAAAGUGACGCGCACAGUCAAGUUCCUGACGAGCAUCUCUGUCGUUAAGCACAUCGUCACUCCGGAGUGGCUGCAGGAGAGCUGGAAAUGUCAGAAAUUUGUGGAUGAACAGAGCUACAUGCUGCGGGACGCUGAGGCCGAAGUGCUUUUCAGUUUUAGUCUGGAGGAGUCACUAAAGAAAGCUCAUGCUGCUCCACUCUUCAAGGGUAAAUUCUUCUACAUAACGCCGGGAAUCUGUCCAAGCCUCAGCAUCAUGAGAGCCAUCGUGGAGAGCGCCGGGGGGAAACUGCUGUCCAGGCAGCCGCCUUUCCGUAAGAUCAUGGAGCACAAGCAGAACAAGAACCUACCGGAAAUCAUCCUCAUCUCGUGCGACAAAGAUCUGCAUCUCUGCCGUGAAUAUUUUCUGAAGAACAUCGAAGUACACAAUGCCGAGUUCAUCCUCACAGGAGUAUUGACGCAGACGCUGGAUUAUCAAUCGUAUAAAUUCACAUGAUCGGAGGGAACAUCCUCAGGAAGAGAAACACUAAACUCUCUCUGUUCUGGUCCACGCUGAAGUAUUCUUAUAUAUGUAUAAAAGAAAGACGAUGACGUUUGUUCCCUUUUUUCUGUUUUUUUUUUUUUUUGUACUUGGUUAAAAAAAUUUUUUUGUAGAAAUGAUCGGUGGGAAAGAAAAACUAACAAAAAAACAACAACAAAUGAAUAAAUAAAUCAAUGUUAUUUUUAAUGAUUGUUUUAAAUUAUGGCACAUUUUUUCCAGGUUUGUUUUUGUCUCGCUUUAUGGAAUAAAAAUUCUCUUUAUUGUGA